AUGUUUUGGGUAAAAUGGGAUCAUCAAAAUCGUUUUCGCCGCUUUCCGGUUACAGAAUCGGACGACAGUUAUAUGACAUAUCGAUGUUUUGAAACUAAGUUACGACAGAUUGUUCCAGAUUUUACUGGGAAACUUGCUUGGAAAGACGAUGAUGGAAACCUUGUUCCUUUGUUGUCAGCAAUCGAUCUGCACGUUGCUCUAUGCCAACCACAUAACAAAAAACUUCUUCGAAUUUUCACAAUUGAUGACAUAGCGAAAACUGAAUGCAGUAAAAGAAAGUUGAUCGACGAGAUAGAGUAUGAAAAUUUGGCUCGUGAUUCAGAGUCACGGGGCGUCAAUGUUAUUUGGGACCAUCAUGGUCAGUGUCGUAUGUUUGAGAUAACCGCAAACAUUUCCUAUAACGACCUUAUGACACUUCUUAAGCGUCAUGUACCGGACUUCGAAGAGAUGCUUUGCUGGAAAGAUGAAGAAGAUGAUCUGGUAGAGAUCUCUUCGGAUGCUGAACUUGCUGAGGCCAUACGGUGUCAAUGUUCAAAGCCAUAUGUUAGCUUUGUUUCUUUCGAGCUUGAAGGGCUCCUAAUAUUUCUUUUUAACUACGUGCCCUUUGAUGACUUUAUUCUGAUGGCUACUGUAUGUUCAUAUAUUAUAGCGGGUCAGGAUACUGAAAAUCUAAGCGCAGUGCAGGCUCAAUGUUGUAAAUACGGCAAGGAAGAGGAUUCCGACUAUUAUGAAUGUGCUAACUGCGAUAGGAGGUUUAAUGGUAUUCGGUACGAAUGCGCUGUUUGUGAAGAUACCUGUUUCUGUUCUAAUUGUGAAAAGAAUGGUGUUCAUGAUAAGCAUCCACUAGUUCGCCUGUCAGAUCUCACUGUGACGGUUUAUGAACGUUUAUUCAGUACUUUUCGUAGUCAUGUGAAAGAUUAUUCCGAUUUUUAUCCAUAUUUUAAUGCGUUAAAAAGACAAAUAAUCUGGUUUCACUCGGGAUCUCGUUACCACUUUGUUUUUGAUGUUGCUCAAGGUUUUCUAGAACUUAUCAGCUAUAUGAAAACUCAAGUCCCUGGUUUUGAUAGCACUGUUGAAUGGCAAGACCAAUGCGGAAAAUGGCACGAGAUAUUCGAUGACAAUGGUCUCAAGGCUGCGUUUAAUAAUCGAUGCAACUUUCAUGUCCUUCAGCUGUACACUGCUUUAUCUGAAGCGAUACCAUCUUUUGCAUUGGAAAAAUCAGACAGUAACCAUCAGCCAUCUAAUUCUCUCCCUUAUACAACGGAGUUUAAAAUUAGCCAAGUGAAAGCAAGCUUAAAGUCUGAAAAAAGCACCAGGAUUUUGAGAAAAGUUUUAAAGGAUCAAGCUAACUCUCCGGUGAUAGAUCCAGAUUUCGACAAACGGAACCAACUACUAGCGGAAGCACUGUUUCAAAAAAUAUGUCUUUCACCAAUCACAGAUGAUGGCAGUGUAACUGUUGUUGACAACUCUUUGGUAACUGAAGUGAAAACUGAACCGGCAGAGGAUGUAAUUUGUCAAGUUCAGACUGAGACCGUCCAAGACACAGAUCAGGAUGACGACGUAUCACUUAACGAUUUUGACUGCUUAAGUGAUAUGGCUAAAAAUGUUGCUGAUGUUGAAUCUCAGAGUGACGGCUCAGCUGAUGACUGGUUUGUGGUGAAGGAGAAGGUGUAA